UUCAGCCCCGUGUUUCUGUAAGUAGUUUUUGACCGACCAGAGCCUAAAGUUGCCUGCCGCGGCAAUUUGGAGAUCUUUCACGGCAAUUCGAUUAAUCGGUAAUCUGCGAGAGUCGAGACUCGGGUUGCCCAAUUAUUGGGCCAUCGGUUGGGUAAGAACUAAGAACAAGGGUUGGGUGACAGGAAUUCGAAACCCUAUUUUUUUUUUCCCCGAAUUCAAUACAACGUAAAUCAAGCUCUAACCCUAGAACGGUAGAAUUCGAUCAUGACAUCGAGGAAGAAAUCAGAGGGAAUUGCUUUACUCUCUAUGUACGGCGACGACGAAGACGAUGAAGAGAUGGAAGAUAUUGAAGAAGAAGAAGGAGAGGAGGGGCAAGAGCAAAACGAUGAUAAAGAAGCGACAGAAAACGAGGGAGGUUCAAGUGAUGCUAUGGUUACAAGAGAGGAAGGGGAGAUGGAAAGCAGUAGCAGGUUCUUGUUUGGUGCAGAGCUUCAAGGAGCUAAUGGAACCAUUCAGAUUUCAACAUUGAAUGUUCAGGAGGCACUUCAGUCUGGAAACUUGAAACCACAUCAGCCAGAUACAAUGAAUAUGACGAUUGCUGAAUUAGAAUCUCUGGAAGUUGAGGGUGCAGUUGAGGUUUCUGUCGAAAAUAUGGAUCUAUUGGAUAAAUUUCUCCCUCCACCAACUAAAUCCUCGUGCCCAGAGGAGCUGCAAAGGAGAAUAGAUAAAUUUCUUGCCCUGAAGAAAAAUGGGAGAAGUUUCAAUGCUGAAGUGCGCAAUAGGAAGGACUAUCGUAACCCGGAUUUCUUGCUGCAUGCAGUGAGGUAUCAGGAUAUUGAUCAGAUAGGGUCCUGCUUUAGUAAAGAUGUGUUUGACCCUCAUGGAUAUGACAACAACGACUACUACAAUGAAAUAGAAAUUGAUAUGAAGCGUGAAAGGGAGAGGAGAGAUCAAGAAUUGAAGAGGAGUCCAAGGCCCGAACUUGUUAUGGGAGGGUAUCAGCCUGGAAUUGUGAGGGCUGGAUCAAAGUUUAGCUUGCCUAUUCCAGGUGCCCCAGUUGUAGUUUCUGGUGGAUUGAACCCUGCUCUAACUACAACUAAUGUUGUUGCUCGGAAAUCAAAGUGGGAUAAGGUGGGUGGUGAUUGAAGGUAUUCUCUACUCACAUGGCGGCGGUUCUUUGUUUUGAUUACGACAUAGGUAAACAAUGUUGGAAAAGAGUUGGUGGAGAGACUUUGAUUGACGAAAGCUUAUGUUGGCACUACCGAAUUGGGUGUAUAUACUUUCGUUUGUUGCCUUUCGAGAUUAGUCAUCAUCAAAAGGCAAUUCCAUUUUUCCAUUAACCUGUACUUCAUAUGUAAAUUACCUUUCUUUUACAUGCAUAUCCCAAAAGUUCUAGACUGAAAGGUGUCUACUUGCAGAUUAAUUCAACAGUAGUAUGAUGCUA